AUGGAUGAUGAAUUGGAAGGUCUACGAGCUCAUUUUCCUCUUUCGUUUGGUAAGACAUCGAAGGUUUCGGCGCCAAUCGAAGCCAUUCACAACGCAACUCGCCGCACCGAUGCUAGCUUAGACGACGGAGUUUCGUCGGAUUCCGCCACGAAGAAAUCUAAUUCUGGUAAAGCCGAAUCCGGAUUCCCGUCUCUGUCUUCCUCCUCUGGAACCUGGCUCCGAACUGUUCGCGGUCCAAACCGUAACCCUAACAGCAGCGAUGGUGCUAAAUCUAGCUCCAUUCGAGAUCCUUCCGAAGAUGAUGUAGCCAUAGGACCACCACCGCCUCCUCCGGCGCAAGAGGAAGAGGAGGAAGAUGACAGAGAUAUAAUGGGACCACCGCCGCCACCAAGGAGACCCGACAACGGUAACGAUUCUGAUGAGGAUAUGAUUGGCCCACCGCCUCCUCCGGCUGCUACCUCUGAUGUAGAUUCCGACGAAGAUGAGGACGAGGACGAUGUUUAUGACAAGGAGGAGAAUCGGUACAAGAUCCCAUUGAGCAACGAGAUUCAGCUCAAGGGCCAUACCAAGGUAGUUACAUGCCUGGCUGUUGAUAGUGCCGGAGCUAGAGUUCUUUCGGGAAGCUAUGACUACACUGUUCGUAUGUUCGAUUUCCAAGGCAUGAAUUCGAGGCUUCAGUCUUUUAGGCAGAUCGAGCCAUCUGAAGGUCACCAAGUUCGCAGCUUGAGCUGGAGUCCCUCUUCUGGUCAAUUCCUAUGCGUUACUGGCUCUGCACAAGCUAAGAUUUUUGAUCGUGAUGGUCUCACCCUUGGUGAGUUCAUGAAAGGGGAUAUGUACAUCCGUGAUCUGAAGAACACCAAGGGACACAUUUGCGGAUUAACUUGCGGAGAAUGGCAUCCGAGGACCAAGGAAACGAUUCUGACUUCGUCGGAAGACGGGUCUCUGCGUAUAUGGGAUGUUAAUAACUUCCUAAGCCAAACGCAGGUUAUUAAGCCGAAGCCUUCUAGACCGGGGAGGAUCCCGGUUACAACCUGUGCUUGGGAUCGUGAAGGAAAGCGUAUCGCUGGUGGCAUAGGAGAUGGAUCUAUACAAAUCUGGAGUCUUAAGUCGGGAUGGGGAAGCCGACCAGAUGUCAAUGUUGGGAAUGCCCACACUGAUGAUAUAACCUCUGUUAAGUUCUCUAGCGAUGGGAGAAUUUUAUUGUCAAGAAGUUUUGAUGCUUCUCUAAAGGUCUGGGACUUACGGCAGAUGAAAGAAGCUCUAAAGACGUUUGAGGGUCUCCCUAAUAGUUAUGCCCAAACCAACGUUGCCUUUAGUCCAGAUGAACAAAUCAUUCUCACUGGCACGUCAGUUGAGAAAGACAGCACAACAGGAGGCUUGCUCUGCUUUUACGACCGCACCAAACUCGAGAUUGUUCAAAAAGUCGGAAUAUCACCAACUUGCAGCGUGGUGCAAUGCGCUUGGCACCCAAGGUUGAAUCAGAUAUUUGCAACAUCCGGAGACAAAAGCCAAGGAGGGACUCACGUUCUUUACGAUCCAACUCAGAGCGAGAGAGGCGCAUGUGUCUGCGUUGCACGUGCACCAAGGAAGAAAUCUGUUGAUGAUUACCAACCAGAACCAGUCAUCCACAAUCCUCAUGCAUUGCCAUUGUUCAGAGACCCACCAAGCCGCAAACGACAAAGAGAAAAGGCAUUGAAGGAUCCUGCUAUGUCCCACAAGCCUGAGCUUCCCAUGACAGGUCCUGGUCAUGGUGGAAGAGUUGGGACUACUGGUAGUGGCUUGUUAACACAGUAUCUUCUCAAGCAAGGUGGGAUGAUAAAAGAGACUUGGAUGGAGGAAGAUCCAAGAGAGGCGAUAUUGAAAUACGCAGAAGUUGCUGUUAAAGAUCCCAAGUUUAUUGCACCUGCUUACUCUGAGACACAGCCUGAGACCAUCUUUGCUAAAGAAGAUGAAGAAGAAGAAGAGAAUGACGUCAAAAAAUAA